AUGCCAAUUGCAUCCCUAUAUCAAUUAGAUUUAGAUCAGCUUUUAGUGGAAAAGAGAAAAGUACUUCUCAAGUGUCCUUUCAAAGAAUGCAAUACUAGAAUAAUCUCUUAUUCAUCAGAACUUCACCCAACAUAUAUAGAGCAAGCACCCAAUUGCUUGCAAAUAAAAACGCAAGAUGAAGCUGUCCCCAAAGUAGCAUCGAAAACAACUGAUUUUUUUCAAGUUGAUGAUGUUUGGUCUUUCGAUAAUAUUGGUGUGAGCAAACCCUCAAGUGAGAUUCAAAAGGAUCCAAUUGUUGCUAAAGAUAACGAACAUAUUGAGAUUGAAAGGUUAUUAAUCUGUAGUGAAUGUGAUAGAGGUCCAUUGGGGUUUGCUGGGGUGCCUCGUGAUUCAGAAAAGACUCAUGAAAAUUUGAAAUAUUUUAUCACUCGUGAUGGUUUCAGAUACGAAUAUUGA